AUGGUAAAGAAGUUGGUAAUCGAUACAGAUGGAGCAAUAGAUGAUAUUCGUGCCAUAUCAUUAGCGCUGCAAACUGCUGAUGUUGAAGUUUUGGCAAUAACCACUGUACACGGUGUUAUUGGUGUUGACCAGGUAGUUGCCAAUGUAUCGCGCUGUUUACGAGCUAACCAAACUACGAUAUCAAUUUAUAAAGGAGCAGGGGAACCACUGGUGGGAAGAGUUAAAAAAUUUAAUUCAGAAUAUUUAUUUGGACGGGAUGGCAACAGUGAUCAAGGCGACAAACAUCCAAAGGUGUUACCAAAAGAUUUUACUAAUUAUGACGCUGAGAAACCUGCUGCUUUAGCCUUAAUAGACUUAUUGAAAAUUCAUGACGACGUUACGCUGGUUUGUAUCGGGCCGUUAACAAAUAUUGCACUCGCGAUACAGUUGUGUGAAAACUUUGUCAGACUACCGAAAGAAAUGUUUAUUAUGGGUGGAAAUAUGUUUGGUGUUGGAAAUCUCGGAUCAAAUUUUACAACGGAGUUCAACUUUGGCUCUGAUCCAGAAGCUGCGAGUAUUGUUCUAAAGAAUAUGCAAUGUCCCAUAACCAUCAUUCCAUGGGAAGCAGCAUUUUUUGAGAAAGAUACUUUAGAAGAAAAAGAAGUCGAUUUUCAUGAGCAUUUGCAUAUGGGCACUUCAUUAUCAAAUUAUUUUGAUGCAAUCACCACUAAAAUGCAAGCAGCUCGAGCAAAGGCUAAUCGCCAGUAUGCCUAUGUGGAUGAAAUAGCUGUCGGUAGUGCAAUAGAUGCCGAGCGAAUUGUUAAAGAAUUCAGAGAGUUAACAGUCGUAGUCGAGUUAAACGGAAAAUACACAAGAGGUCAGAUUGCUUGUGAUUGGACAAAUCCGUCUGUAUGCGAUCAGGAAGAUGACGAAGAAAAAGGGAGAAAAGUUAAAUUUGUGGUCUCCUACAAUGUGAAAGAGUUGAAUCAGAUGAUGAUUGAUGCGGUAAAAAACUGCCAGUAA